UUAACGCAACAGUCAAAACUUCGAUUCUUUUCCUCUGCGUGUAUCUGCGCAUGAAUUCGCUUCCUAGUUAGGGUUCUGAUUGAUACGCGGAAGAUAGAAAAGAGGAUACCGAACGAAUACGUAAAAGGAAAACGAAAGACCUUGACCUGCAGCUACCUCGCUUGAUCGAUCGUGAGUCUUAGUCAUGAAAUCAAGUAUAUUAUUUAACCGAUUAUAUAAAUCUGAUCGGAGCUCGAGACUAAUUAGGGUUUUGGGUUGGAGUGUUUUGCUAUAGCGUUUAUCUCUUAAGCUUCUACUUUAUAUGCAAUUCGUUGGAAUCGGAAGAUGUAUAGCAAUUUCAAGGAGCAGGCUAUAGAAUACGUAAGGCAGGCGGUUCAUGAAGAUAAUGCGGGGAAUUACAGCAAGGCUUUCCCCCUUUACAUGAACGCCUUGGAGUACUUCAAGACCCAUUUGAAGUACGAGAAGAAUCCUAAGAUUAAGGAAGCGAUCACUCAGAAAUUCACCGAAUACCUCAGGCGGGCGGAGGAGAUUCGUGCUGUUCUUGAUGAUGGAGGGACAGGCCCUGCCUCGAAUGGGGAUGCAGCUGUUGCUACACGGCCCAAGACUAAACCCAAAGACGGAGAAGGGGGAGAUGGAGAGGAUCCUGAGCAAUCUAAGCUUAGGGCGGGCCUUAACUCGGCUAUAAUAAGGGAGAAGCCAAAUGUGAAGUGGAGCGAUGUGGCUGGACUUGAGAGCGCCAAGCAGGCAUUGCAGGAGGCAGUUAUCUUGCCAGUGAAGUUCCCACAAUUUUUUACUGGCAAGAGACAACCAUGGAGGGCUUUUCUUUUAUAUGGUCCACCUGGUACUGGAAAAUCAUACUUGGCAAAGGCUGUUGCAACAGAAGCAGACUCAACAUUUUUCAGUAUUUCUUCAUCAGACUUGGUUUCAAAGUGGAUGGGUGAAAGCGAAAAGUUAGUUUCAAAUCUGUUCCAAAUGGCACGUGAAAGUGCGCCCUCAAUUAUAUUCGUUGAUGAAAUAGAUUCAUUAUGUGGUCAGCGCGGUGAAGGCAAUGAGAGUGAAGCUUCUAGACGUAUCAAAACAGAACUUCUUGUACAGAUGCAGGGUGUGGGGCACAAUGACGAAAAGGUUCUUGUUCUUGCAGCUACAAAUACUCCCUAUGCUCUGGAUCAGGCCAUCCGUCGACGAUUUGACAAGCGGAUAUACAUUCCUCUUCCUGAUUUGAAGGCUAGGCAGCAUAUGUUCAAGGUACAUUUAGGGGAUACCCCACACAACCUAACUGAAAGUGACUUUGAGCACUUAGCCCGCAAGUCAGAGGGGUUCUCAGGUUCAGAUGUUUCAGUUUGUGUUAAGGAUGUCCUCUUUGAACCAGUACGUAAAACCCAGGAUGCUAUGUUCUUUGUAAAGACACCUGAUGGCAUGUGGGUUCCAUGUGGACCAAAGCACCCAGGAGCUGUUCAGAUCACCAUGCAGGAGCUGGCAGCAAAGGGCCUUGCUUCCAAGAUUCUUCCACCACCAAUCACGAGAACGGACUUUGAUAAAGUGCUUGCAAGGCAGAGGCCGACUGUGAGCAAAACUGACCUUGAGGUGCAUGAGAGAUUCACAAAAGAAUUUGGAGAGGAGGGUUGAUUGAUUUGAAGUGGAAGAGGACACUGAGCUGGUUGUGAGGGCAGGAGUUGUAAUUUUUAUCUUUAUUACCAUUGUUGCACAGGAUGAUGAUAUAUCCAUCUUUGUAGCCGCUUCAAGUCAGAAGGUCAAACUCCCAUCUGUACAAGUGGAAAUGCUUGUGUUUGCAUUUCAUACUUAUAUAAAAAUUGCUUGUUUAUACCA